CUUUCAAGUUUCAGCAGUGAAAUUGGCGUUGAAUUUGCAUUGCAAGCUAGGACUUUAGUAGUACAUGGGGAAAAGAUGGGCGCAGCCCGCAGGUGUUGUGCUGUUGCUUAGGCGUGCUCGGGCUUUUGGGGUUGGGGUGGCAGAUAAUCGUGCACCAGACUUGACGAAGGAGUUGAUGCGCACCGCAAAUUAGGCAGCAGCGAUGGCUGUGGAGGAGCAGUUCAUUCUACGGGUGCCACAGGACAUUGCGGAGCAGCUGAACCAGCUCCUCAGCAAGCAGAUUGCGUCUGCUGACCUUCCAAUUGACCUCGCUUUCUCAGAGGAUGGUCGGUCUGGCACUUUCACGGUGGGGGGCCGAACGCUGCCCGCCUCGCUGCUGGACCUCCCUGGGGUGGUGGAGUCCUGGAAGACAUAUGACGACAAUCACCUGGUCAAGAGUGCUGACAUAGGACAGUUGAUCUUGGUCACAGAGGAGGGGGCGGAGAAGCCAGAGGGGCCGGAGUACCGCCAUGGCUUGACGCCGCCGAUGCGGGAGGCGCGCAGGCAGCGCUUCCGGAGUGAGCCUGAAUAUGAUCCGGAGCAAGUCGCCCGGGUCGAAAAGGAGCUGGAGCGCAUCCUCCAGGGAGGGGGGGUGCGAGACAUGGAGGUGGAGGAGGUGCUGGAAGACGAAGAGGAGGAGGAAGAAGGCGCGGACGGAGACGCAGAGGAACAGAAGAAGAAAAAGAAAAAGAAAAAGAAGAAGCAUAGGGAUCGGGACAAGGACAAGGAAGACGGGAAGCGAGAAAAGAGCAGCAAGAAAAAGCACAAAUCGAAGGACAAAGAGAGAAAGAAGGACGAAGAGAAGGCGGGAGAAAAGGAGAAGCUAAAAGAAAAGAAGAGCAAGAAGCACAAGAAGAAGGAUAAAGAGGCGUCGGGGGACGGAUUAGAAAGCGACUCGAAGCGGGUCAGAGUCGAUCCGGAAAGCCAGGCGGUAGAGGGUCCGCGGGCCAAUGGCGGGGCCGACGAAGUCGCGGCUUCGGGUUUGGGGGGUUUGGAAAAGGGUUUAGGCGAAACCCAGGAUGCGGCGGCGGAUCUGGACGCCGACCGUGACUCGCUCGAUGACUUGCUGACGUCACCUGGCCAAGAGCCCGAGGCGACGGACGCAGACUUUGAGCGGGAGUUGAUGGAAAGCUUAGGAGGGGAUGGCAUACUCGACGGUGGGCAAGGGGAGGGAACUGGUCGAGAGGUCGGGGUUGGAUUAGAAGGCAAGGGAGACGGCGAAGGCAACGGUCUGGAUGACGGACUAGAAGGGAACGGGGGCAUGUUUUCGUUUACGGGGCUAGAAGGAGCGGAACUAAAUGACAAUGCGUUUGAUUUUGGCGUAGAAGACGGGGGCUUGCCUGCGGCGGAGGACGACCGAGGAGAGGAGAAGCCAGAGAGUAUGCCGUGGGACCUAUGACGCAGUCGUUAACCAGAUUGAGCUGCGGCCCUUUCCAAAUGCAACACGUGGUCUCUUGCUUCAUACGCUUGGGGUUUGACAUGGUCGUCCGACGUCUGCAAAGAAAAGCUGAGCCUGACCGCUCUUAUGAAAAUGUAUUCCCGAUGUUGCCGAAUCAUGGACAGGCUCGUGUUGGUUUGAUUUCAGUUGGGACUUGUGACUCUUGCUUGGAUUCGCUGCAAUAUAGGCAUGGGCACGUCGGCGGCUGGAAAAGCGAGAGUGCCUCUGAUUUAAAUCCGAAAGGCAAGUCGGGCCCGCUGAAGUUCUACAGACGUGAGUUGGACGCCAGGCUUUGCAUAAGUUCCC